GAGCAAUGUUCUAGAACGUCUAAGGCGUCAAUAUAAUCGCGAACAGAGCUUUAGUAACCGAGAAAUGGAGGUAAAUGCAUGACACGAUUUGAGACCCCCCAGCGACAUUCCGGUACUAACCCGAUGACGAAAGGACUCCCCAUAAUUUAUGUUUCUAAUACUCAACUACUCGUAUUAAAAAUAUCAUUUCAUUCGAUUAUAAGACGGAAGAAAAUGCUACUUGUCUACGUCUACUCGAUUCUAAGAAAAAAUAAGAUGUUGACGUUAUCCUUCAGUAGUAUGGGUGGUCGAAAGGUUUCGUUUUCGCUCGACUCUGUGCCGCGCACGCUUUGGACAUGCUUUGGAGUUUCAGUAAUUUCGGUAUCGCGUCGUGCUGUGCGGGUUCUGCUGGCUCGUGAAACUUUCAUUUGGAACAAGCAGCGAGAAUGCCACGUCCAUGUGAUGUCGUGGGAUGCCCGAACGGUCCGCGGAACUUGGCCAAGGGCAGUUGCAGCGGCGAAUCCAACGUUACCUAUCACUGUGUGCCAAGGACUGAACCUCUCCGUUCGAAGUGGUUAAGUGUCGUACCUCUGCUACAACUCCUUGGCAAAGAGCCGAAAAAUCGCGUAGUGUGCUCGCUGCACUUUCGUCCAGAGGAUUACGAGUUGAACGCCGACUUAGUGAAGUCGUCUGGAGUGCCUAUCAGAGCAAUGCUUUCCCGUAGCGCUGUUCCGUCGAUCUUGCCUGCACUCUCCGAAGCGCAAGAACAACUGCAGGACGAAGACGGGGCGGCUGAACGUAGCGAAUCACAAGCCAGCGCUUCGACAGCCGACACCUCCUACAAAAGCGACGUACAGGCGACUCGUGACGCGGGGACAGAUGCAAGCCUCUCGUCGAGCACUGCCGAACAAAGUUGCAGACGUAGCGUUGGAAAUACGAAAUCUGUACAAGUUCGUCUGCCCGGCAAGAGCAUUGGAGUUCAAGUUAACACAACAAUGAAGGAAACAAAGGAAAACGGAACGCAGGUUUGCAGGCGAAGGAAGCCCGUGACGUCAACACCUGUGAAGAGGCGCUAUAGUGCUCGAAGAGCUGAUGGAGCCAAACGACGGCGACAAACAUUCAUCUAGACAGGAGGCCAGCUUUCUCACCUCACCUGAUGCAUCACCGGUAGCUUCCAAAGCUGACAGGCAUGACACGACAUAUGAGCCAGACAACUCGACUUGUACCUUGGAUGCAACAUUAGCUGAUGAAAGCGAUGAAGAUGCGCAUGCAAACCGAAAGGACUACUUCCUUGUCCACAGCACCUGCUUGGUCACCCUUCUGAGUCAGUGCCGCGCUUGUUUAUCAGCUUCAUGCACAGUGAAGCUGUUUUACACUGGCACACGCAUUACAGCAGAAACUGAAUGUCCACACGCACAUGUGCAUACGUGGUCCAGCCAGCCACUUGUUGGAACCAAGCCGAGGUGCAACAUCGACCUGGCAACGGCUCUGCUUUUUUCCGGCUCAAGUCCUACUAGUGCUCUCAGGAUGAUGCGGCUGAUGGGUGUGCAAGUCAUGAGCGACCAGGCUUUCUUCAAUUACCAGAAGGCAUACCUUCUUCCUUCAGUCACCACGGUAAAUGCACAGCUUCCACUUUUCAUAAUGCCAACCUGC